CGGUGACACUGCAAUGACAUGCAGGGAUAAAUGAAAUUCAGUUGAUAUGUCAUGAUGGUGAGCUACCUGUUUGCUGCCGAUCGGCCGAACGUGUAAACGUGUCACACCCGAUCCCCAGUAGCACCAGUUGCCUCCAUUAGUGUGCGUCAACCGAGCCUCAGUAGGUUUUGUGCUGUUUCAUGGCUCAAAACCGGACAGCGCGAGAAGAACCAACAACAAGAAUCUUGUGAUGGAUGGGAAAGUAGCUUUUAGCGAAUAGUCGAAGAGAAUUUUAAACGAAGCCUAAUAUCUAAGCGAGUGCGUGGAGCUUGGAAAUCGUCAACGCGGGCACUGGAUCGCCUGAACAGCUCGCUUGUGUGGUGUGAGAAGCUCGACCAUGAUAGGCGAAAAAUUUGGGCAAGGCGGGGGCGUAUAUCCACUGCGUCGUACAAUAUUUAUGGUGUCAUAGAGAACAAUGACCCGCCUGUAAAAUGCCGAAAUUCAGAAUUCAACGAUGGGUGAGCAGAAUCGCCCAGCUGCGUCGACUUAAGAUAGUAAUAAAUGUUGCCUUCAGAUUCGGCUGCGCAAGAUAUCUUCUUUCGCGUGGCUUAUAUUCAGAAUUGAUGUGGCAGCAGUAUCGCACUCGCAAGUACACAAGACACCUUGUUGUCAGCUUAGCGAAGGAAAUGUUCAAACGCACAAUUAUUCGCCUGCAGCACACGGUAUCACCCACGUUCUUCCCUGUACAACUCGUAGCGAUUGCAUUCUGCACAGGGAUUCUAGAUGCAACGACGUAUGCUGAUUUCCAGACAUUCGCAUCAAACCAGACGGGCAAUGCAAUUCUUCUCCCUGUGGGGAUGAUGGGUGCGGCGAAUGUCCAGAUGCUCAAUACGGGCACCAGCCUCGCAUCAUUCCUCUUCUUUGGUUUCCUGAGUGGCCAAGUUGGACAUAUUUUUGGGCACAGGAAGCGCUGGUGGAUGCUCCUGAGUUUACUCAUCCAGGCUUUACUUCUCUUCCUCCUGGCGACGUCGGCUGGUUUCCAAGUGGCGAUGGCACGGAAUCUCGGUGUGAACGAGAUUCCUACUGCCAUGCUCACAUCCCCGUUUAUCGAUUUCGUGACUGACCGGUAUCUCUUUACUGGGAACUGGAGUGACAGAAAGGUGAUGGGCCGCAAUCGGCGAUUGAUUUGUACGUUUGGUGUAUUCGAUUGGUGUGUAUACUUAUGGGUUCUAUAGAUAUCCCUGCAUUGUGGGGAGGAGCGUUCGUUGGGGCAUGUAUGCAUAGAUAUUCGGGGUCGAAGGAGGUGAUCCUUAUGGUAGGAUGUAUGAAGUUGGGAGUUAUGGCUUCAUUCUGGUUCAAUCGAGAGGAGGAACACAAAAAUGAGAUAGAGUCACAUGAGACGGUCAUGUGUAGCAGAAUGUCUAUAAUUUAGCGGUGGUGGUUACUCACAAAGUAACGUCCGUAUACCUAGG